CGCCCCGUCGGGCCAGUUUUUCCCAGGCGGAUGACGCCAUCAGGCCGCGCCGCGAGAAGGUCGCACAGGGUCCUGUAACAUGGCGGCGGCGGCAUUGCGCGGCGCCUGGUGCCGCUGUCCGCGGAGAUGCCUUGGGAGUGGAGUCCAGUUACUUUCCAGCCACAGCCUACCCCAUGGUUCACCCUAUCAGACAACCUGGCCAGGCCAAGAGCUACUGUUGUCCAAAUCCUACUCUUCUGGAAACAGAAAAGGCUUUCUGUCUGGCUUACUGGACAACAUCAAGCAAGAAUUAGCCAAAAACAAAGAGAUGAAAGAAAGUAUUAAAAAAUUCCGAGAUGAGGCCAAGAAGCUGGAAGAGUCUGAUGCGCUGCAGGAAGCCCGCAGGAAAUACAAAACCAUCGAGUCGGAGACGGUGCGCACCAGUGAGGCGAUCCGGAGGAAGCUGGGGCAGCUCACGGGGACGGUGAAGGAGAGUCUCGACGAAGUCAGUAAGAGCGAUUUGGGCAGGAAGAUCAAAGAGGGGGUGGAGGAGGCCGCCAAGACAGCCAAGCAGUCGGCCGAGUCCGUGUCCAAAGGCGGGGAGAAGCUGGGUAGGACGGCAGCCUUCAAGGCCCUCUCCCAGGGCGUGGAAUCUGUGAAGAAGGAGAUCGACGAGAGCGUGCUGGGCCGAAUGGGGCCCUAUCGCAGGCCUGAGAGGCUCCGAAAGAGGACGGAGUUUGUUGGGGAGAAGCUCAGAGAGGAGAAAGUGUUUGAAGCCAACGAAGAGGCGCUCGGGGUCGUGCUGCACAAGGACUCCCGGUGGUACCAGCAGUGGAAGGACUUCAGGGACAACAAUGUUGUCUUCAACCGCUUCUUUGAGAUGAAGAUGAAGUACGAUGAGAGCGACAAUGUACUCAUCCGGGCAUCUCGGGCCCUGACGGACAAGGUCACCGACGUGCUGGGGGGCCUGUUCUCCAAGACAGAGAUGUCAGAGGUGCUUACUGAGAUCCUGCGGGUGGACCCAGCCUUCGACAAAGACCGGUUUCUGAAGCAGUGCGAGAGCGACAUCAUCCCCAACGUCCUGGAGGCCAUGAUUUCUGGAGAGCUCGACAUUCUCAGAGACUGGUGCUAUGAAGCCACUUACAGCCAGCUGGCCCACCCCAUCCAGCAGGCCAAGGCCCUGGGCCUCCAGUUCCACUCCCGCAUCCUUGACAUUGACAACAUUGACCUGGCCAUGGGCAAGAUGAUGGAGCAGGGCCCGGUGCUGAUCAUUACCUUCCAGGCCCAGCUGGUGAUGGUGAUCCGAAAUACCAAGGGCGAGGUGGUUGAGGGCGACCCGGACAAGGUGCUGCGCAUGCUGUACGUGUGGGCACUGUGCCGAGACCAGGACGAGCUCAACCCCUACGCGGCCUGGCGCCUGCUGGAUGUCUCUGCCUCCAGCACAGAGCAGAUCCUCUGAGGCUGUGCCACCACAGGGCAGCUCCAGGGCUAGACCAUCACUCGGGCAGACACCCAGGGCAACUCCAGAAUUCUGGGGAUGAGACUAUCCCCAGCCAGUCGGGUGAAGAAGGUGCCACCACACUGCUGAGGGUGCCCGGGGCAGGAGACAGACGCUCACCACAGGGACCCCAGGACACCCCAGCGCUGGCCACACAGUGCCACAGUGUGUCAGGGCCCUGGCCAAGGACUCCGUGAAGGAGGGACAGGACGGAAUCCAGCUGCUCUGCCAAGUGGCCUGGUAGUCAGCUGGGCCGUUUUAGGACGUUUUUAUGUUCUUCCUGUACCUACACCUGAGAUUGGGAAAUAAUAAACACCAAAGUGCAGAA